AUGAGCCCGGUGUCAAGAGCCUUCGAAAAAUGGGCUUCGGUAACACAUUUCACAUUUUCAUCGUCUCAGAAUCCAAAUUUGGUCAUCGGAUUUCAUACAGGUGAUCAUGGAGAUGGAUCCCCGUUUGAUGGCCGAGGUGGGGUCCUGGCUCAUGCUUUUCCCCCAACUGACGGGAGGUUUCACUAUGAUGCAGAUGAAUCAUGGUCCAUUGGUCAAGUCCCGGGUUCAUUUGAUCUUGAAACUGUUGCAUUGCAUGAGAUCGGGCACCUUCUUGGACUAGGACACAGCUCGGUUCAAGAUGCAAUCAUGUUCUCGGGAAUUCCUGCUGGAGCGAUAAAAAAUUUACAUGCUGAUGAUAUACAAGGAAUCAAAGCUUUAUAUAAUGUCUGA